AUGGGCCAUUCCGUGCAUUGUGGAUAUCGCUGGAUUCCGGUUGUACUGCUUCUUUGCGUAUGGGAUUUUUCUUCUGGACAGAUUAUCUACUCUGUCUCAGAGGAGGUGAACAAGGGAACCGUUGUUGGGAAUAUAUCCAAGGAUCUCAAUCUCAAUGUUCAGGAACUGGAGUCUCAUAUGUUUCAGAUUGUUUCCGGCUCUAAUAAGAAGUAUUUUGAUAUGAAUUUAAAGACCGGGGCUCUGUUUGUGAAGGAAAAAAUCGACCGAGAGGAACUCUGUAUGACCAGUGAGAAAUGUUCUCUAAACCUGGAGAUCAUUGCACAGAACCCCCUCAACAUGUAUCGUUUAGAGAUCAAUGUGUUAGAUAUAAAUGAUAACGGACCUUCAUUCCCAAUAAAUGUUCAUACUUUGAAUAUAACCGAAUCCACAUUUCAAGGCGAAAGAUAUCCCCUGCCUAGCGCUGACGAUGCUGAUAUAGGGAGUAAUACAGUGAAAACAUACAAGUUGAGCCCGAAUGAACAUUUCUCUUUGGAUGUACAGAGCGGUGGCGAGCAGAGCGUGUCUGCUGAGUUAGUGUUACAGAAACCUUUAGACCGAGAGAAACAGGCUGUGAUCCAGUUGUUACUGACUGCUGUUGAUGGAGGAACACCUGCCAGAUCCGGGACAUUACAGAUAAUAGUGAAUGUGAUAGAUGUGAACGAUAAUAGUCCAGUCUUCAGCAAACAAUUGUACAAAGUACGUAUAGCAGAGAACAUACCAAUUGGCACACAUUUAAUAAAACUGAACGCAACCGAUGUGGACUCAGGUGUAAAUGGGGAAAUCGUUUAUUCUUUGAUAAGCCACGGAAAGGAAAAAACAUUGGACGCAUUUCAAAUGAACAAAGUGACUGGUGAAAUCACAGUUAAAGGAACCAUUGAUCGCGAGGAGAAUGCUGCGUUUGAGCUGCAUGUACAGGCCAAAGACAGGAGUGCUAGUCCUCGCACAACGCAUUGUAAAGUCUUGGUAGAAGUGAUUGAUGUCAAUGACAAUGCUCCAGAAAUCUCAGUAACUUCAAUGAUGAAUGCAGUCAGAGAGGAUGCAAAAUCAGGUACAGCAGUUGGUCUAAUAACAGUAUCUGAUAAAGACGGGGGUGUAAAUGGAAAAGUACACUGUAAAAUAGUAGUCUCUGUUCCAUUCAAAUUGCUGUCCUCGUAUAAGAACUAUUAUUCGUUAGUGGUAGAUGGAUCUCUAGAUAGAGAGACUACUUCCCAGUACAAUGUGACCGUUAUAGCUACAGAUGAAGGCAUCCCACCUCUCUCCAGUAACAGUGUCAUUUCUGUUUACGUCGCUGAUGUGAAUGACAACGCGCCUCGCUUUUCAGAACCUAUAUUUAAUGUUUAUCUAAAGGAAAAUAGUCCCGUUGGAGGGCUUAUUGCCAGCUUGACUGCCCAUGAUCCAGACAUGAAUGAAAACACUCAGAUGUCUUAUUCGUUUUUAGAAGGCAAUAAUGGCAAACCCUUGUCUACAAUGAUAAACAUAAACUCAUUAACUGGUGAGAUUUAUAGCAUACAGUCAUUUAAUUUCGAAGAAGUGAAAACAUUCAAGUUCCACGUUCAGGCCACAGACUCUGGUGUUCCUCCACUAAGCAGCAACGUCACUGUCAACGUUUUUAUCCUGGAUGAGAAUGACAACAGUCCUGUGAUUCUCCCGCCAUAUUCUGACCACGGCGCCGUUAAUUCUGAGAACAUUCCCUAUUCUGCUGAAGCAGGAUACUUUGUGGCCAAGAUCAGGGCUGUAGACGCCGACUCUGGAUAUCAUGCGCUGCUUUCUUAUCACAUCUCUGAACCAAAGGGGACCAAUCUCUUCAGAAUAGGAACCAGCAAUGGAGAAAUACGGACUAAGAGACGAAUGAGUGACAAUGACUUAAAAACUCACCUGUUGGUCAUUCUGGUGUCUGAUUGUGGAGAACCUCCCCUGUCUGCCACUGUGUCUAUUGAUGUUGUGGUCGUUGAAAGUACAGGUGACACGCAAACAACUUUCAGACAGCUGCCUGUGAAGGAGGAGAGUUUCUCAGAUUUAAAUCUGUAUCUGCUCAUCGCCAUUGUGUCAGUAUCAGUGAUAUUUAUACUGAUCCUCAUCAGUUUAAUAGCUGUAAAAUGCCACAGGUCAGACGGCAGUUUCAGCAGGUACAGCGUCCCAAUGAUCAUCACGCACCCUGACGGGAGCUGGUCUUACUCCAAAUCUACCCAGCAGUAUGACGUGUGUUUUAGCUCCGACACACCAGCGCCGUUUCCACCUGCUGAUGGUGAGCUGGUCAGUAUUAAUGGAGGGGACACUUGUCAGAGGACGCGUACUCUCCCUAACACAGAGAAGUUCGUGUAUUCCGUCUCAGAGGAAGUAGAUAAAGGCACAUUUGUUGGAAAUAUUGCUAAAGACCUAAAUCUAAAUUUGAGAGAACUGGUUUCGAGAAAGAUUCACAUUGUAACGGGAUCCGAAAGGAGGUAUUUUGAUGUCGACGUGAAGACAGGUAAUCUUUUUGUCUAUGAGAGAAUUGACCGAGAAGCCCUCUGCUCAAACUCAGUUAAAUGCUCCAUUGAUGUUGAGGCGAUAUUGAAUAAUCCUAUGCAUAUCCAUCGUAUUGAAGUAAACAUUGUGGACAUAAAUGACAACCCGCCAUCGUUUGCGGAGCGCAUUCAUGUUGUCAAUAUGACUGAAUCCGCCUUUCCAGGGGACAGAUUUCCUUUACCGUUUGCCAGUGAUUCGGAUGUUGGAAGUAACUCUGUGAAAACCUACAAACUGAGUCUAAACGAACACUUCUCUCUAGAUGUACAAAGCGGCAGCGAGCAGAGUGUGUCUUCUGAGUUAAUACUACAGAAAGCUUUAGACCGAGAGAAACAGGAUGUGAUAAAGCUUUCAUUUAACUACGAGGAGUUUAAAACGUUUGAGUUCCACGUUCAGGCCACAGACUCUGGUGUUCCUCCACUAAGCAGCAACGUCACUGUCAACGUUUUUAUCCUGGAUGAGAAUGACAACAGUCCUGUGAUUCUCCCGCCAUAUUCUGACCACGGCGCCGUUAAUUCUGAGAACAUUCCCUAUUCUGCUGAAGCAGGAUACUUUGUGGCCAAGAUCAGGGCUGUAGACGCCGACUCUGGAUAUCAUGCGCUGCUUUCUUAUCACAUCUCUGAACCAAAGGGGACCAAUCUCUUCAGAAUAGGAACCAGCAAUGGAGAAAUACGGACUAAGAGACGAAUGAGUGACAAUGACUUAAAAACUCACCUGUUGGUCAUUCUGGUGUCUGAUUGUGGAGAACCUCCCCUGUCUGCCACUGUGUCUAUUGAUGUUGUGGUCGUUGAAAGUACAGGUGACACGCAAACAACUUUCAGACAGCUGUCUGUGAAGGAGGAGAGUUUCUCAGAUUUAAAUCUGUAUCUGCUCAUCGCCAUUGUGUCAGUAUCAGUGAUAUUUAUACUGAUCCUCAUCAGUUUAAUAGCUGUAAAAUGCCACAGGUCAGACGGAAGUUUCAGCAGGUACAGCGUCCCAAUGAUCACCACGCACCCUGACGGGAGCUGGUCUUACUCCAAAUCUACCCAGCAGUAUGACGUGUGUUUUAGCUCCGACACACCAGCGCCGUUUCCACCUGCUGAUGGUGAGCUGGUCAGUAUUAAUGGAGGGGACACUUUUCAGAGGACGCGAACUCUCCCUAACACAGAGAAGCUUGUGUAG